AUGGGGAGCGGGGAAGAGGAGAGGGGCGGGGCCGUGAGCGAGGCCUUCACGACGGACUCGGCCGACGGGAGCAGCUCCAGCUCCGACGCCGCCUCGACGGACCACUGGCCCGUCGUCCUCGCCAAAAGGGGGCCUAAAAUGGCGCCCAAGACGGCCUGCUGCGCCGUCAUGUCCGACACCGAGAUGGGCAAGCAGCACAAGCAGAAGCGCAGAGCUACCUCAACAGACAUGGAAAUGAUGAAGGAAAGGUUCGCGAAGCUGCUGCUCGGGGAGGACAUGUCGGGGAGCGGCAAGGGCGUGUGCACGGCGCUCGCCAUCUCCAACGCCGUUACCAAUCUCUGCGCUACGAUCUUCGGCCAGCUGUGGAGGCUGGAGCCGCUCCCGCCGGAGAAGAAGGCCAUGUGGCGGCGGGAGAUGAGCUGGCUGCUCUCCGUCAGCGACCACAUCGUCGAACUGGUCCCCACCUGGCAGUCAUUCCCCGACGGGGCCAGGCUCGAGAUCAUGACAAGCAGGCCACGGUCUGAUUUGUACAUCAAUCUGCCAGCACUACGGAAGCUAGAUCAUAUGCUCCUUGAAAUCCUGGACAGCUUCAGAGACCAAGAAUUCUGGUACGUCGACCAAGGGAUAUGCGCGCCGGACUGCGACGGCUCCGCCUCCUUCCGGGCAGCCUUCCACCGCCGCGACGAUAAAUGGUGGCUACCGGUGCCUCGUGUGCCCCCUGGGGGCCUCCGUGACAAGACGAAGAAACAAUUGCAGCACAAACGUGACUGUGCAAAUCAAAUCCUGAAGGCUGCCAUGGCCAUCAACAGCACGGCUUUAGCUGAGAUGGAGGUCCCUGAAUCAUACUUCGACUCCCUGCCAAAGAACGGAAGAGCGACUUUGGGCGACAUGAUGUACCGCUACAUAACCUCUGACCAGUUCUCUCCAGAGUGCCUUCUUGACUGCCUAGACCUGUCAACGGAGUACCAGGCCCUGGAAGUUGCCAACCGCGUCGAGGCAUCCGUCUACGUGUGGCGCCGGAGGGUUCCUGCGAAGUUGGCGAGUGGCUUAGGCCGCACCGCUAGCGCGAGAUCAUCUUGGGGCAUGGUGAAAGACAUGAUGAUGGAUACAGAGAAAAGGGAGCUGCUGGCCGAGCGGGCAGAGGGCUUGCUGAUAUGCCUCAAGCAAAGGUUCCCUGCUCUGACGCAGACAAGCUUGGACAUGAGCAAGAUUCAGUACAACAAGGAUGUGGGCAAAUCAAUAUUGGAGUGCUAUUCAAGAGUUCUUGAGAGCCUGGCCUCGAACAUCGUCGCCCGCAUCGAUGAUCUACUCAACAUCGAUGAGCUGAACAGGCACGCUGAAUACUUGCCACCAGGCGACGCAGACCGCAAGAUUGCCUGCAGCAAGGCCGUGGUUCCGCCUUACCAGCAAGUGCCUGCCUCCGGCACACCAUUCGUGACCGCGUAUGCCACGCCUAGUUUCUCGCCGUCGCAACUAUCGAGCCCGUCGAAGAAGGAUAGGACCUCGCCUGCUGCUGGCAGACGGUCUCACGGCAACAGGGUGGCUGCCGCGAGGAAAGCCUUGACAGAUCACGUUGGCCCAGAGGUCAAGGGGAUGAUAAUCGUGAACAGGAGUGCGAUGAUCGAUGUCUCAACAACUACAGAGCUGUAAAGCCACAGGCUAGUAAUAGAUUGCAAGGACCAGGUCACAAGGCUGUGUCUGUGUGUAUACUCAUGUCAUUUAAGUAUGCCUAUGGGCUAUGGUCUCACUGUAUUUUCAGUGCUAAGCUAUCUGCGCUGGUUCUUUUAUUUUACCAGGAAAAAGCUAUGUACUGCUUGCCUUGAAAAGAAAGUGGAAAAGGAACACUAUUUAUGCUGCUGCUAGCAUACCUUUGUGAUCAGAUAACAUCCUUUGUGGCUGCUAAAUCAGAGGGAAUUACCUCCGUCUAUUGGAUUGGAAGGACUCCAGUUAAAACCUGCAGCUUCUACUGCUGUUUCAGUUACCUGAAGAUCAGAAAAGGCAGUGUGGCUUGGUUCUCGCGUUUUCAAGAACUCCGGGCGGGCUUUCAACCGCCGACAUACCCGAAAUGAUUGUGAACUGACAAACUAGCCGAAUCUUUCCAUUACAAGGCCAUACGUGGCUGAUGUCCAGAGACUGCAAAGAAACUUUCAUGUAUGUUAAUCGUUUCAUCAGCUUAGUGGAGUGCAGUAGGUAAUGCCCUAAACCGAGAGCCAACUGCAUGCGCGCGGCCAAAAGAGCACUUAAGUGCAGCACCCAGUCGGCCACUCCGGGCUUUUCACACCAUGCCAUGCAUGAUCCGAACCAAAUCUUCAAGCAAACCAACGAUGGCUUCCAUCCACGCCCCAGGCCGGAGAUCCCCAUAUAUAUACCCCUCGCAAGACGUCGAGACGAUCACCAUCCAAGUGCAGCGCAUAGACACAGAGAGAAUUCAGAGAAGCGUGAAGUGCAGCAGCAAGAGAUGGAGUUCAAGGGGAGGUGCCUCUGCUUCCUUGCGAUGCUUCUUGUGGUGGCCGGCCGGCUGGGGACGGCGCGCGGCGCCGGGGAGUGCGGCCGCGUCCCCGUGGACAGGACGGCGCUGAAGCUGGCCCCGUGCGCGGCGGCCACGCAGAACCCGCGCGCCGCGGUGCCGCCCAGCUGCUGUGCCCAGGUGCGCGGCAUCGGCCGCAACCCGAAGUGCCUCUGCGCCGUCAUGCUGUCCAACACCGCGCGCCAGGCCGGCGUCAAGCCCGCCGUGGCCAUGACCAUCCCCAAGCGCUGCGCCAUCGCCAACCGCCCCAUCGGUUACAAAUGCGGCCCGUACACCCUGCCAUGAGGAGGCGGAGCGAAGGUGAUGGGACUGGAAGGGAAAGGGCUCUUAAACUCUCACUGCCGUCCAACAGGAGUAUAAACCUGCUGUAACAGGCUGUGAUCUUUGUUUGUCAUGUGCAAACUUUUUCUUGUACCUUCUUCUGAAUAAUAAUGGAUAACGCCUAUGUUGGAAUAAAA